AUGUCAAUGCUGAACCAAACAGUCCUGACCCCAGUCUCAUUUAUUCUUAAUGGGAUCCCAGGACUGGAAGACAUGAACAUGUGGAUUCCCUUCCCAUUAUUCUCCAUUUAUAUUGUGGUUAUGGUAGGGAAUUGUGGGUUGCUUUACCUCACCUGCUAUGAAAAUUCCCUGCACAGGUCCAUGUACUACUUCUUUGCUAUGCUUUCCCUAACUGAUCUUGUUAUGUGCACUUCUACAAUCCCUAAAGCUCUCUGCAUCUUCUGGUUCCAUCUUAAGGAAAUCAGCUUUAAUGAAUGCCUGGUCCAGAUGUUCUUAAUCUAUGCCUCAAUAGGGAUGGAGUGUGGUAUGCUCAUACUCAUGGCCCUGGACUGCUAUGCGGCCAUCUGCUACCUUCUGCACUACUCAACUAUCCUCACCAAUCCUGGCAUUGCAAAGGUUGGGCUUGCUACUUUUCUGAGAGUAGUGAUGCUUGUCACUCCCUUGACUUACAUCAUCAAGAGACUACCCUACUGUAGAGGGAAUAUACUAUACCAUACCUAUUGUGACCACAUGUCAGUAGCCAAGUUAUCCUGUGGAAAUAUCAAGGUCAAUGUUAUCUACGGACUGAUGGUUGCCCUCCUAUUUGGUGGCUUUGACAUCCUGUGCAUCACAAUCUCCUACACUAUGAUCAGCCUCUCUUUAGCAGAUGCUCCACAGAAGGCCUUCACCACUUGCACUGCCCAUAUCUGUUCCACUGUUUUCUCCUAUAGCCCAGCCUUCUUCUGCUUCUUUUCCCACUGCUUUGGGGGUCACAAGAUCCCUCCUUCUUGCCACAUCAUUGUGGCCAAUAUUUAUCUGCUCUUGCCUCCCACUAUGAACCCUAUGCUUAUGGAGUGA